UUAAUCUUACCAACAAUAUAUCUAAUCUGUUGUUUAUUUAUGUAUUUCAUAAUACUAUGCAUCAAAAUAUUAAAAAAAAUGUAUAGUUACAUGAUCCGUGCUCUACUCACAGUGUCAAUAAAUUCAUGUUUUAAAUAAAUAAGAACAAUAUAUUUAAUUAAGAAUAUGUUUUCAUAUUAAAUAUGGUAUAGUUUUAUUUUACUUAUUUAUUUUAUGUGUUGUUAUUUAGACCCAUGUGAGGCUGCAACAACUUGUGGUUCAUGUGCUGAGUGCCUUGUAGUAAAUCAUGGUGUGCAGUGCAGCUGUCCGCAGAGUUACAUAGGCAAUCCACUGGUAGCAUGUACCAAGCCCCCAACUAGAUGUAAUGACUCCUGUACAUGUGAUAAAUCAGCUGGCUAUUGCCUUAUCAGCUGCUCUGUAAAUAAGGAGUGUCCUUGUGGCCAAGUCUGUUUGAAGGGUUUUUGUUCUAACACCUGCUCAGCAACUAAUCCCUGUCAAACCGGUCAGAUUUGCUUGGAUGGCGUUUGUACAAGUGGAUGCUUCAAGGAUAGUGAUUGUCCCAAUGAUCAGUCCUGUUCAGAAAAUGUGUGUCACAAUCCUUGUGGUAUAGGACAUAGCCCCUGUGGUAUCAAUGCAGAGUGCAGAGUUUCAGAUCAUAGAGCUAUAUGCCUUUGCCCUGCUGGAACAAGGGGUGAUCCAACACGAUCUUGCAAGCCAUUCUCUUGCUUAAAGGAUGAAGACUGUGAAGGAGGUAAAUCAUGUGGUAGCGACAAUAUUUGCAGAAACCCUUGCUUACAAGGAAGACCAUGUGGGCUCAAUGCCCAAUGCAAAGCAGAAAACCGUAGAGCACUUUGCUCUUGUCCUCCAGGUUUCCAUGGUAAUCCUCUUGUAGUUUGCAAACCUGGUACAGGUGACACAUGCAAUCGUAAUCCAUGUGGUCAAAAUACUCGUUGCAAAGAUGUACCAGGUGGAUAUGAAUGCAGUUGUGCACCUGGCUGCUCUGGAGACCCUUACAGAGGUUGUGUUUGUCAAGAUAGGAGAGUUGAUGAUCGUUGCUUAAAUGUAAAAUGUGGCUUGAAUGCCAUUUGUAAGCCAUCUGGAAACUCUUACCAAUGCCUAUGUCCACCUGAAUAUCCACUUGGAGACCCAAAGAAUAGAUGUUAG